AUGAUCUCAACCCUUUACGUCAUCAUCAUUGCGCUUUUGUCUAUGGUCGCAGCGCGACCGAACCUUCAACGUCGCGGACUCCCAGGCGCGGUGUACUAUUGCGAUGGAGAGAACUUCUCGGGAAAACAUUGCACAUGGCUAGAACCAAACGAAGUCUGCCAUCAACUAGAACCCGGAUUCAUCAAGUCUUUGGGUCCUGAUCCUGACGGUACCUGCACUCUCUUUAAGGAUGCCAAAUGUACUGCUGGCCAAGAACUGAUGACUGUGCGCUUUCCGGGCAAGGGUUCUGGACUUCCCGAUAGUGUCGCUUUCAAGUGCUCGCCAAACAUAGAGCUGGCAGCCAAGACGCUGGAUCUGGACGACAGACUUGCUGGUGGUGUUGGUAGUAUGGAGCGAGUAGAGCAUCUUGCGGAGAUUGUACGCAUGGAGGAAGAUGGCUUCAGCGAAGGUCUCAUUGGCUUGAAGAAGAAAGUCUACUACUAA